AUGGCGUCCCAGCCCGACUUUGUCUCCGCAAUGACCAACCGGUCGCUCCGCACCGUCCGUCUGGAGCUGGAGUUCCUCGCCGACGCGUCUGUCAUCUCCCCUCAGCAGCUAUCCUCCAUUCUGUCCCAACUUCCCCGAGAGAACGAACGUCAGACGUCGGUGCCUCGUGAAUCAACGCCGGUGCAACAGCCCCCUCCCCCAGUCGUGGCCCCCGUACAGCCUCCUCCGGCUCCCUACUCACCUCCCACCAACCAAUUUGCCAACACCUCCUUGAAUGAGAAAGCCACCUAUCAACCGCCCCCGACGCCGCACCAGUAUCCCAGCCCUCCCCCUCCUGCGUAUCCUCAAGCCCCACCUGUGUUGUCUAUCGCUUCCGCGCUCUACGCCUAUACUCCUACGGACCCCGGCGACUUGGCUCUUCAGCCCCAUGAUCGGGUUCAGGUGCUGGAACACAUGAACGCUGACUGGUGGCGUGGCCGUAAUGAGCGGACCAACCUUGAGGGUAUCUUCCCUCGGAGCUAUGUGAAUGUGAUUGAUGAGAAGUCGGUCGUUGCUCACCCUCCCCCGUCGAGCUACGGAAACAUGCCCUUGGAGGUCAGCCAGAGUGGCUCUUCCGUCAACCCUGAGGACAAGAAGAACGGCAAGUUUGAAGAGCACGGCAAGAAGAUCGGAAAGAAAUUUGGAAAUGCUGCGAUCUUCGGUGCCGGUGCUACCGUUGGUUCCAACAUUGUAAACAGCAUUUUCUAA